AUGAUCAGAUCAAUUACAAGCUAUAAAGUGCUCUUUGUAGAUGGACAUGUCAUUAUUGAAAUACCACAACAUCAAGACGACCCAGUCUUGUAUGCAUUGAUUGAUACAGGUUCUCCUGUUACUCUUUCUUCGUCUCAUAAGAAUCUAGAGCUUGGUGGGUGCACCUUCCUCAGUUCGCAGAGUCCUGUUUUUGGUGCAUCAACACAUAAAAUUGGAGAGCUUAUUGGUCAUGGACUUGAUUAUCUUAUUGGUAAUGAUGUCCUGUGCAAUUUCAGCUAUGAGAUUAGAAAAACCAAAAUGACAUUUUACAGUUCUCAAGUAACAGAACCAGAGUUGUUGGAAAAUCAUAACACUGCUAAUUCGAUAGAUUGUGAAAUGGUUAGCUUUCCACUGGAGAGAAUAAUGACACUGCCAAUCAUGCAAGUAACAACUCCAUUCAAAAAGGUGAAAAUGUACUUUGAUACUGGAGCUAAAUUAUCAUAUGGAUCAGAGAAGUGGUUUGAUUCAAUUCCAACUGAUGGCUCCACUGUGAAUGGAGUGAGAUAUUUGGGUGAGGAAGACGAUUUCCAUCCAUCAAUUGGUAAAUUUGUUGGACAUUUCUACUCUCUUCCAGUAACUGUAAAUAGCGAUUCAAACUCGAGUGAAUUAUUCCAAGGAACAGCCAAUCUUACAAUGAAAUUUGGCAUCUUACCUAGUGAGCUCUCCUACAUGGUGACUUGUUUUAAGGGUGUUGAGGGAAUUUUCGGAUCUGAAUUAUUGGACUAUUACAAUGCCGUUUUCAUAACCACCAACAGAAUGUACAUUUAUUAAACUAACACAUAAUACUUUAU